AUGAAUACGAUUCGAUCUACCUGGAUGGGCUGGGGCACCCUUUGCCUGGCCGGCGGCGGAGCUUACUAUUUCGCAAAGCAAUCGAUCAAUGCCGACAGACAAGCCCGAUUCGAAGCCGAAGUCAAGCGCAAGGCGCAAAUGAAGCAAAUGGAGAACGAGCACAAGCGCCAAGCACAAUUAGCCUCCACGCCAACCCCGGGCAACGACACUAGCAAACGAGCGAGCAUGGCCCGAUUCCAGAACGCCUCCGAUGAUGCCGCCUCGCCAAGUGCCGAAGCCUCCCACGAUCCGGCGCCUACCCGACACGAACCCUUGACCGAGGCCGACCGUGUGUUGGAGAAGGGGAAAUAUGAAACGGCACAGCCGUACCGGCCUCCGAGUGGGAACCGGUUUAGUUGA